AUGUCGCUUAUCAUAGAGUACAAUGAUAAGAAUUCGUUGAAGGAAUCGCCCCUUCACAGUCGUCCAGAUGAUGGUAUAGAUGCCGCCUUCAAUAUGACUCUAAGUUUCCGACACGAUUCACCUGUGGCUUCUCCUUAUGCCUACACAAGCCUUAACAUCGCCUUGAUCAAUGGAAAAACUCUCGGAGCAGCAUGGUUCGUAUCAAACUGCUACGCAGCAAGCAGAAGGGGCGAAUAUGUGGCAGUGCUAGAGAAGUACUAUCCUGUGGACAAAUAUGGUGAGUGCGAAGGAGCACAGUGCAAGAUUGGAGGCUUCUGCGAGAAAAUGCUAGACACGCAGUGA